AUGCAUCUCGUCUCGUUUACUAGGGUCGUUGCUCUAACGGCAGCUGUCGUUCAUGGAAGGGAACUUCCCAAGGACGAGGCUCGCGCUGCUGAACUCUAUGAUUCUGGUGUCAUACACGACAGACUCAUGUCGGCGAAGAUUGCACACUGGGAAGCCGAAGAAGCGGUCGGCCUCAUGAACUCAUCUCAGUGGCCUAGACUAGGCUACACUAAGUGUGUCGAUGGCUACGCUGAGGCUAUUCCGGAUAGCCCAUUACACAACUUCAAAUGCAAAAAUAUGGAUCUUUAUGACUUCAUCAACCACGCGGAACUAGGAUCAUCGAAUGCCGAUUACCGCGGCAAGAGUGGGAGCUCUUCCUGGGGAUGGACUGAUCCAGAUUCUGGCCGUGAGUUCAUUGUAAGCGGCAUGUUUGAUGGGUGCGCUUUUAUCGAGAUUCUGCCCGAGGGCAAGAUGCUCAACCUUGGAUUCUUACCUACGUACUCGCCCGUUGGCAAUAGGGCAUACUGGCAUGAGAUUCGUCCGUAUCAUAACUAUAUGCUCAUUGGCUCUGAACUCGAGGGGCAUGGCAUCCAAAUCUUUGACAUGAAAAAGCUUUUGGAUAUUGAUCCCAUCGAAGCAACCGUUUUGUUCACCAACGAGAAUGACUUGACCGGACAUUUCAUCGAGUCUCUCCCAUUGGGUCGCAGCCAUAAUGUUGUUGUCAAUGAGGAGGCCAAGUACGCAGUUGCUGUCGGUGUCCAGCCUCGCGCGGAGGGCUGCAUGGGCGGUCUACACUUUUUCAGUCUCGAGGACCCUGGUAACCCUGUCGCCCUGGGUUGUGAUGGUCAGGAUGGUUAUGUCCAUGACGCGCAAUGUCUUAUCUACAGAGGCCCUGAUGCCAAGUACCAGGGCCGUGACAUCUGCUAUGGAUACAACGAAGACACAUUGACUAUUUAUGAUGUUUCUGACAAGAAGAAUUCCAAGAUAAUUUCCCGCACGAGCUAUGAGGGUGCAACUUUCACGCACCAGGGCUGGGUCAAUGACGUAAAUUGGCAAGGUAAGGUGCUCCAGGCUGUCACAAGGAAAGGGAACACGGCUAACAUCCUGAUAGAAUGGCUCUUCAUGGAUGACGAGUACGAUGAGGAUGAUCUCGCGGGCCCUGCUGCUGAUGGGUACCCCGUCACGUACAUUUGGGACAUUCGAUCUCUUGAAGCCCCGAAGCAAACUGGUCUAUUCAAACACACAGUGAAGGGGAUCGAUCACAACCAAUAUGUUGUUGGCAACUUGCUUCUUCAAUCAAACUACGGCGCCGGUGUCCGAGUAUGGGAUAUUUCGUCUGUACCCGCAGAUCCUACUGGAGGAAGCGUGUGCGAAAUCGCCUAUUUUGACAUAUAUCCCGAGGAUGACUCCCUCCCUGGAGGCGGUGCCAUCCAGUUCUCCGGAACAUGGUCAUCCUACGCCUACUUCAAGUCGGGCUUCAUUUUCGUCAAUACAAUCGAGCGCGGGGCGUACUUGGUCAAAAUGACAAAGAAAGAAGCCUGCAAGCCCAAGACUUGUACUGCGGAUAACUGUCUGCGUGCCCUCAGAGCUUCCAGCGUUCCUCGUCGGUUGGAGGAAAGUGAGAAGUUCUGUGGCGAGUUCACAAAGAAUGUUAUCGCCGACGUUACGGUUGUCCCCGCGUAUGCUUCCGUGGCAUGCCCGACUAAUGUCAUCUCGCGCGUGAGCUCGGCGUGCGCGUGCUUGCCAACACCCACCGCCUGA